AUGCGACCACGUGAUCCAUGUAAUACUUGUGCUUUCUGUUCUUCAAAUGCCACCAACUAUGCUAUCAAACUCCGUUAGGCAAAAUAAUACUUAUGUUUCGGCAUUUUUCAGUUACUAAUUGUUUAAGUGCCUGCCUGAACACUUAAACAAUCAAAUUAUCAACAGUAUUUCCCCCGUUUUUAGAAACUUGGAAGGAUUUACAAGUUACCAACCUCGCUUUUCACUUGUCAUCUGACGUUCACUUGGUUGCGAGCCUGGAGAGGAGGGCAAUAUAAACGGGAUACAAAUGCGGCUGAAAGACCCCUUCUCUUUAAAAACCGCAGACAUGACCAAGCGGUCCAACAAGCCAAAGAAGCCUCGUGAUGAAGAUUCGUCCGAUGAGGUUGGCGGGCUGACGUGUCAACAUGUGAGCAGGGCUGUGGAUCUCAGUUCAGUGAAGAAAGCGGUGACAGGCAGCCUGUGGUCGGUUUGCACUGAAUGCCUUAAAGAAAGAAAGAUGUUUGAGGGGGAGUCUGCAGGAGCACAUGACAUCCUUGUGUGUCUUAAGUGUGGGUUCCAGGGAUGUAACCAUGCAGAAAUUCAGCAUUCCACAAAACACCAGCAAGCCCAUCACUCUGAUUCUCACUGUAUCACCAUCAGCCUCAGUACAUGGAAGGCCUGGUGUUUUGAAUGUCAGGAAGAGCUGUCCACUCACUGCAAUAGGAAGGCCCUCGCUCAGACCCUAGACUUCCUCCAGAAGCACUCGGUGAAGGCCACCUCAGGAGCAACUUCCAAAAUCAUCAAGCUCAGAGAGGAAGCCACAGAGUAUGUUGAUCAGAGAGGGAAGAGUCCAGCGAACAGCACACUUAUACCUGUCAAGGGCAUCAGCAACCUGGGCAACACUUGCUUCUUUAAUGCUGUGAUGCAGAAUCUCUCUCAGACUCACAUGCUGAAUGACCUGAUUCAAGAUGUCAAGGAGAAAGGACAUAAAAUAAAGAUCUGCCCCUCUGCUGAAAAUAACUUGGGCCCACUAACUGUGACAUUGCCCAGUCCUGAGCCCCUCACCUCAGCCAUGUUCCUGUUCCUUCAAAGCAUUAAGGAUCCUGGCAAAGGACCCAUCUCCCCCAAGAUCCUUUUCAACCAACUCUGUCAGAAGGCUCCUCGAUUUAAAGGUUACCAGCAACAGGACAGUCAAGAGUUAUUGCACUACCUUUUGGACUCGGUGAGAGUCGAGGAGACCAAGCGGAUUAAAGCAGGCAUCCUCAAAGCCUUUAACAACCCCACUGAGAAGACGGCUGAUGAGGAGACAAAACGACAAGUGAAGGGUGCUUCACCUGCAUUCACAUCACUCAGAGCAAUAUUGCCAUCUACGUAUGGGAAGGAAGGAGUAAAAAUGAAUUUUGUGGAUCGCAUUUUCGUUGGAGAGCUAACCAGCACCAUAAUGUGUGAAGAGUGUGAACACAUUUCUACUGUGAAGGAAGCCUUUAUUGACAUCUCACUUCCCAUUAUAGAGGAAAGGAUGUCCAAGCCCACAAACCCAGGCAGAUUGGGGAAGAGUGGACGAGAACAAGAUGCUCUGGUCAACCAGGGUGAUGACACUUCUCAUUCACAGACCAAUAGAAACAAUAGGAGGAUGAGUGGACAGAAACCACAGAGUCGACAUUCGUCCACGUCUCACGAUGACAGGGGAGCAGACUCUCUAUCUAGCCGACAAGAGGAAGAGCUCUGUGUGGCUGGACGUGGCCUAGCCGGUUUCCCGUCUGACACAAUGGGCAGCCUAUCAGACUGCAGCGAGAAGGAUUCAAACUUACAGGACAGCAGUAAUGAUGCAGACAGCGAGGCCUCUGAAAGUGAAUGGUCCCCUCGAAUCCCAUCCACACCUGGUCACAGUAGCACCUCUGAUAAAGCCUCUGCGACUACACCCACAGCAACGCACAAUCCAAAACCCAACCUGAGCCCGGGCUCGACUCCCUUACCCUCACUUAGACCUCAACAGGGCGGUGCCGUAGAGCAGCUUGUCAGCGCCGUGUCCAAGCUGGGCCUGGUGCACACUUCCACCGACACUUUACCGGUCACUCACAGCCCUGAUGAGCAAGCCGAGAACCGGGAUAAGGAGAGGGAUCGGCAACUACAUCAAGGGGCCUUUCAAGCCCUUUGUCACAGCUACACACCCAGUUCAAAAGAAUGCUCUGUACAAUCGUGUCUACAUCAGUUUACUUCUGUUGAGCUGCUUAUGGGCAACAACAAACUGCUUUGUGAAAACUGCACAGAGAGGAGGCAGAGACAGAUGAAGAGAGGUACUGCUGCAGAUAAAAGGUCUGAGAAGGUCUACACCAGUGCCCGUAAACAGAUGCUCAUCUCCGCUCUUCCUCCAGUGGUCACGCUCCACCUGAAACGCUUUCACCAGGCUGGGAUGAAUCUGAGGAAAGUUAAUAGACAUGUGGAUUUUCCGCUUAUUUUGGACCUGGCACCUUUUUGUUCUGCCACUUGCAAGAACCUUGGGUCGGGGGAGCGUGUGCUGUACAGCUUGUAUGGCAUUGUGGAACACAGCGGAUCGAUGCGAGGGGGGCACUACGCCGCCUACGUGAAGGUCCGCACCCCUCAACGCAGAACUGAGCAGCGAAGAAACCAGUCAGGUCCCAGAGAGGCAGGUUCAGCUCCGCAGGGUCAGUGGGUUUAUGUUAGCGACACCAAUGUACAGACUGUACCGGAAUCCAGAGUGCUUAACUCUCAAGCUUAUUUACUCUUCUAUGAAGAACUGCUGUAGAGCCGGAUUGUGUUUAUAUGUUCUGGAUGAAUGCUGGGAAUAUCAGCCUGGACAACACCUGGGACUUACUGCAUGCCCUGUACACCUGGAUUUUAAUAUAAGAAGGAUUCUAUAUACUGUACUGAAUGCAGGCUUGGACAUUAAGCCCCAGGUCUUAUUCAUUGCUCAAAGAUGUUCUGAAUUGGGAUUGGACAAUGGUUAGGAGGGGUAUUAUUACUUGAUAUAAAAUAAUAUUCUGAAUUUAAGUUAUUUAUGACACAUUUUUUGAUUGUCAAAAAUUUAUUUUGCCACAGGGUCCGUGUAUAGGAUGUAUAAUAUAAGAGGGAAAUAGGACGAAUGUAUGCCAUAUGAUGUGUGCCAUAAUAAUAUGGAAAAAAGGAAACCUUCGCACUGAAUGCUCGGAGCUGUUUAGAUCUAUUAAAGUUUUGCACUGGAUUAAACACCAUUACAAACAUAAAUGCGUUCAGACACAACAUGCAAUUGUAUGCUUAGAGACAAUACUAAGUUUACGAAGUAGUUUGGUUACCCUGUAAUAAAUUGUAAUUUAAUAUUUUGUAAUUUUUUUGGUUUACAAGACAUCAUCAGCUGUAGUGUUCAGGUAUUGAUUUGAAUGACCUCCAGUAGACUACGGUUUUAUGAAUUUAUUUCUGAUUGUGAUGUUUAUCAUAUUUCUGAUGGUUAUGGAGUUGGUACAGUAUUCUUGGACUUUAAAAACAAUCUUUAAUUUUUCUGUUACAUAAUUUAAAUAUUUGUUUUAUCCCCCAUGACUUGUGAAACUAAAGUACGUCACUGCCUGCGGUUUGAGGGCUGAGAUUGUAUUUGCAUGUCUUCAGCAAAGUAUUAAAAUGACAUUAUACAGCAGCACAAAUUAUAUUUAAACUUCUUAAGUAGCAAUAUACAAAUGUAUACAUUUCUGUAUAUACUGUACUAUUUUCUUUACUAUUCAUUCGGCUUACUGGCCUGAUAUUGUAACACCAUGUAUUUGUGGUGUGUUUGACUGCAGGGGUCUUUAAGCUUCUCUUUUGCUUGAAUUUUGCCAACAUAAUGAAAUACUAUUUUAUUUGAAUGAUUUAGGAUUAUAAUUUUAUUUAAAUACAUUUAAUUGGAGAAACCUUUA